AUGGCUUCAAAACGGAGAAAGAAUGCUAAUUCGGAAAAAAACAUUAAGCACAAAUUGAUAUCAAAACGUAAAGACAUAAAAAAUAAAUUGAAUGUACUAAAACACGGUCAAAUAGUACACGAUAAUUUAUUUGAACCGAUAACAAAACAUUUACAAAAUAUUGAACAUAAAUUAGGACCAUCUACUAAUACUAAAGACACCAUUAAAUUACCACUCAAAAAAGAAGAUAAAAGUUUUGGCAUUAAAACAGAAUAUGAAAUGAAUUACGAUAAAAAUGAAUCCAGUAAUGAUGAUGAUUAUGAUGUUGAUGAUGAUGAUGAUGAUGAUGAUGACGAUGACAAGAAAUCUGUUGCGUCUGAACCAAUUAACUUUCAAUCCACACCUAUUGAAUUUAGCGACAAUACACCAAAGGGAAUAAUUAAUUUUAAUCCUUCGGUUACUGCUACAGCCCCCCACAUAAAAAGAAAAUUGAGUUUUUCAACAAAUAAAUUGCAACCAUCAAAUAUUUUAAGAAAGUCAAUAAUUGAAAAUGUAGAAGAAUCACUGAAAGAGGAAGAAGAUCAAAAACAAAAAGAAUACGAAAAUAAGUUGAAUAAAUCUAUUAUGGAGAGAUCUUUAGCUGAUUACGAAGAACAAUAUCAUCCAUUACCAUUAAAAUAUAUAAAAAGGUUUAUUAGUAAAGAAUCUGAUGGUAGAUUAAGAGUAAAAUUGGAUAAAGACAUUGAACAGUUUUCUAUAGGUAAUAAAAAAAUCAAUUUUGAUGGUCCUGACUUACUUGUUUCUGGAAAAAAGUAUAAAGGUACUAAAGGCCUAUAUGGUUUGUUAUUCAACCAAAAGGUGCCUACAAUAUAUACAAAAGAUGAUGCAAGAAAUUAUGUCCAAAUAUUGAAAAAAGCCAAUGCAUUGAAAAAAUACUUCACCCCUACUUCUGAACUAAUUUCUAGUAACAACAUAAAAUUCAAAAAAGUUGUUCAGCCGCUAUUGAAGAAAAUAACUGAUGAAGAUGAUAAUGAUAAUAACCUCAACCUAAAGCAGGGUGAAGGAUUAUUAAUGUCACUUUCAAAUAAUCCAAUUGAUUAUGUUUUCUGGGAUGAUCCAAAUGAACUUGUCGAUAGACUACGAUUGUUAAUCGCGUCGCAAACUGCAGGCAAUACAGGUCAUAUAUACAUAAAAAUGGCUUCUAAAUUCUACACAGACGCGCAACUGUUAGAUAUUGUAGAAAAUGAUGAUUUUUGGCAGGACCUGGAAGAAAAUAAUGAAUCGACGGAGUCGCAGAAUGAUGAAGUUGGAGCCAGUACGCAUAUGGAAACAGCUGAAGAUGAACAAGACGCUCUACGACAAAUUUUAGAAGAUGGUGAUCAAAGCGAUUCAGAAGAAGAUUGUGAACUAUUUAGUGAACAUGAUUCGCUAAGUGAGAAUUCUGGAACUGAAUCUAACUUGGCUGAAUGGCAACCAAUUGAAACAUGUACUCUUGAAAUAGAGGAACUAUGCGAAAAUAUGGAAACGAAAGAAAUACAGGUCAUUGAAGAAUCGGAAAAUGUUUUAGAAAAUGUAGGAGAAAAUGGAAAAUAUAGAGAAAUCAAGGAAAAACUGAAAAAUGAACUGAAAUUAUUUGAAGAAGUUGAAAAUGAGAAUCUUGAAAAAAAGGAUGAAGUUUUUAGACAAAAUGACAAAAUUAAAAGAAAAUUUGAAAAAGAUGACUUGGAAGUAUCAAGAAAAGAAAAUGACAAAUCGAAAGCCAUAAUUCAAGAAAAAACUAAAAGUGAAGACCUAAAAAUUAGGAUAGUAAAAGAAAAUGUGAAUAAAAAGAAUAAGCGAUACUUUCCAGAAAAUGAUCUCGACGAACAAAAUUGCAAACAUAAAUUUAACCUUUUACCAACAAAUAACCCCAAUAUUCGAAAUCAGCAAGUCUAUAAAAAACCAUCUACCUCCAAACAUCAUCAACAAUUAAUAUUAAUUAACCAAGAAAGUCAAGGUAUAGCACGAAAUUUUGAGGAAAAGAACGUUUCAAUUAAGAAUUCAAGUAAUUAUAAGAAAGAUUUAAAAAAUGAGAACGAAAGCAGAAGUUUUACAGAAAGAAAACCAGUAAUUAAUGAAAAUCCAAAAAUUGAAAAUAUAUUGUUUUGUCAAGAAGAAAUUAGUUCAAAUUUAGGUAACGAAGACGGAAGAAAUUUGAAAGAAAAUAUAAAUAAUUUAAUCGAAAGACCAACUAAUUUAGAAAGCAAAAUAUUAGAAAACAAUAUUGAAACUUAUAAGAAAAUGGUCGCAAAUGAAGAGAGUUCAAUAAAUAAUAAACAAGAAGAAAGAGAAAAUGAGGAUUUUAAAGCCAAAGCUGGUGAUCUGACCAAAGAAAUAAAAUCAAAACAGAAAAUUUUUGAUGAAAGUUUAAAAAACAGAAAAAAUAACCUUAAAAAGCUUCAAGAAACUCAUGAGAAGAAAUUUAAUAAGGGUAAAGAAAAAGCCGAAAACCUAAAAAGUACUGAAAAUAAUUUUAAGAAGCUUCAAGUAAAUUUUGAGACAAAACUCAAUGAAGUUUUGAAAUGUGCAAAAAAGAAACUACAAAUACAAAAGCAACAAGAAGAAAGUGAAAAUAAGUUUGAAGAAAAGAUACACGAAAUAGCUGAAUUAGAUAGGGAAGUCAAAAGGCAAAACAAAGAAAUAAAAUUUAAACAAAAAUAUGUUGAUGAAGCAUUAAAAAAUACAAAAAUACUUGAAGAGAUAUAUGAAGGAAAACUCAAUGAAGUUAAAAUUGAUGCUGAAACAAUGAGAAAACACAGGAAAGAGCACUUAAAAGCAAAAAAUCUAAAAUUAAGAAACAUAAAAAACUUUGAACUAGAGAAUGCGAUUUUUAACAAACUAAAACAAAAAAACUAUAAGCAAACUAAAAAUGUAUCAGAACAAACUAAUGAAAAAUUGAAAAAGAAUUCUGCACUAAACUUAGAUUUGCAAGAAUACGAAAAGAGUUUCAAAGACAUGCAAAAAAGAGAACUGAAUGCUCUGAGAAAGCAAAAUUCAACUCUAGAACGCAUAGAAGUACAAAAGAUCGGAAUCCGUAGCAAAUAUAUUUUAAUUAAACCAUUUUCUAAAUUCCUGUUAGUUUACGAAAAUAAGCAGGAACAUAAUAUGUAA